GUCACGUACACUUGUACUCACCCCCAUCCUAUCCUAUAAAUACAGCAAAAAGGCAGGUUUGACAAAUGCAUAGCCGCUUGCUCCAUCAGCCAGCUCUAGACACAAGCAAGUCUAGCCAAGGAAGAUCUAGCAUGGACAGCAAGAACGUCGGCGUCAAGGUGACGUACAUCGAGACGCAGUUCGUCACCUCCGACGAAGCCGGCUUCAAGGACCUCGUGCAGCGCCUCACGGGGAGGUCCGCCGCUCCGGCGCCGGCGCCGGCGCCACACAGGCAGCUGCCGUGCCGACCAGACGACGACGACGACGGCCGGCGGCGGGGCUGGAGCAGGAGGACCACCGCUGCCGCCGCCGGAGCUGGGCCGCAACAAGGCGCUUAUCAGUACCCGGUACUGGCGGAUGUGCGUCCGGCCGCCGUCACCGUCAGCAGCCGCACGCCGCCGUACGUGGAGGAGAUGGGCCUGCUGCACGGCUUCGUCGACAGGGCCGACUUCUCCGACCUGUUCCAUGUCGUCGGUGCCAGCGAACGGAGUGACGGUUGUUACGGCAGUUUCCCAUAUUGAUCGUGUUUGAGACGGAGAUUAAUUGGCGUUGCGAGAACGAAUUACGGAGAACGAAUUACGUACAAAAUUCCAUUCAUAUUUUCGCUGUUUUCAGUACAGUUUGUAUGUACAUGUACCCUUGCAUUGUAAGUAUUCAUUGUAAAUUUUGAAACUACUCGAAGAUUUUUGGCCCUCAAGAAGCGCACUCUCAAGCCUGAACUGAACUGCCUCGACAAAGAUUUGAUUCCAUAUUUCCAUACAUCGGUUUUUGGCACCAAUACGAUCAAGAGAAACACGUCAUAAGUUAACAGCGUUGCCUUGCUUUGCCUUUCCUGCUGGACUGCUCUGCUCUUCAUGUCUAUCAUGAAUUUCCAGCUCGAUUGAAUAAUGCCUGAUCCAUG